AUGACUGCUCAUUCAAAACCUGUAAAACCAGCGUUUCCGACGUUACUUUUGAUGCUUUAUAUUACACAGUUAAAUACGCAUCCCCUGAAAACAAAAGCCAUAACCUCGGGCGUGUUACUUGGUUUGCAGGAAUUCUUAGCUCAGGUAUUAAGUGCAACACGUAGCAAGAGAAAGGGAAAGUCCAAACAAAACGAACAAUAUCUUAAUUUGGACAAUAGAAUAAUUAAAAUGGCACUAUACGGUUUCUUUAUUAACGGUCCCAUGAACUACGUUCUUUUCGAACUGCUGAACAAAUCAUUCCGAGACCGUUCCAAAUGGUUAAAGUUUAUUGCUUCUCUGUUGAUAAUCGUGCCGAUUCAAAAUGCUGUGCUUCUGGCGGCAACGGCGUUAAUCAAUGGUGAACAAGCUGUGGUUUCAGUUAAAAGAUCUAUUUAUCCUACACUGAAAUCUGCUUGGAUGGGCACAGUAUUGACUACCGUGUUUGCUCAAAAAGCUUUAUCACCGCCGUAUUGGGACCCUUUCUUCAGUCUUGUUGGCUUUUCAUUCGGCCUAUACGCAAAUACUUGCCAAAAAAUAGCCCAACGACAAAAAGAACCAAACAGUGGAUAA